GUUGUUCGUCGGGCAAUUAACGCUUGAAGACACGCAAUUUUCCUUGAUUUUUUCCGAGUGUUUUCACUGUGGAAAUGUCCUCGCCGGUUAGGGAGAUCGAGGUGAACGUGGUGUCGUCGCCGGAAUCGUCGAAUUCGCGUAAUCACUCGCCGGAACCGCCGGAUUUCCGGCAUGUAACUACGUGUUUUCCGGUGAUCCGGACUAGUGAUGACGACGAGAAGGAUUGUGCAAAUAGGGAGGCGAAAAUGGUGACCGGGAGCACGCAGCAGAAGACGAACUUUUCGAUUUCCAGCAUUUUAUCGCGGGAUGAACCGACGAUUAAGGGUAAUAAACAGUUGAUUGGUAACGGGCAGGGGAUGUUGGAAGUCGGUGGACCGAAUAGUGCAAUGUUAUCAAAAUUAGGAAUAAUGUCCCACUUCGGAGCCCUGGCUGCGGCAAGUAGUAGAUACGCGGCCCUUUGUGGGGCGCCGACGGACCCCCGAAGUCUCCCUUGGUAUUGGGGGCGUAUGCCUGCGCCCCCCAUAUCCAGGGAAAAGCUGAGUCCCACAGGUAAUUUCAACGGUGACGACCAGUCUCCGCCUCUCUCGCCCCGGAUCGAUCCUUCAAGCCACCCAUCGAACACCGAGAGUCGAUCCUCACGUCCCUCCUCACCGUCGGACCAUCAACGGUCCCCCACCAUCUCGCCCUCACCGAUCCUCACCUCCCAUCCGGCGUUUAUGGAUCAAAGCUACCAAAGGUCCAAGAGUCCAAUGGAUUACGGCAGGAAGAGUCCUGCUUACCGGGAAGGUGAUAAUAUGGUGAUAGAUGAGGAGGGUGAUGAGGAGGAGAGCGACUAUGAUAACGACAAGGAUAAGAAGGUGACGGGGAGUGGGGGAAUGAGUCCGGGAGGCAAUAUGUCCAAUAAGAGGAAAAAGAAGACGCGGACGGUGUUCUCGAGGUCGCAAGUCUUUCAGUUGGAGAGCACGUUUGAUAUGAAGAGAUACCUUUCAUCUUCAGAACGUGCCGGUCUAGCAGCAAGCCUCCACCUCACCGAAACCCAAGUAAAAAUCUGGUUUCAAAACAGACGUAACAAAUGGAAACGCCAACUGGCGGCAGAGUUAGAAGCUGCCAAUAUGGCGCACGCGGCCCAACGGUUAGUGAGAGUACCGAUACUCUACCAUGAGUCUGCGAACUCUACAAUAAGGCACGCUUUCGAUCAGAACCAUUCGGCUUUGAGUCUACACCAUUCGCUGGAUAGUAGAGAGUCCAGCGGUAGCACUGGGUCUCCAGUGGUGGGAGGUGCUCCAGGAGGAUACCCUAGUUCGCUUUACUAUCACCAUCAGGCAGCUGUGGCUGCGGCAGUACAUAGUUUGCCAUCUAGUCCGGUCAAUAGGCCGCCUAUGUCCGGGUUAGUCUGAAACAUGUAGUUCUAGGGUGUUUUAAUGGGGUUUUUGUGCAAAUACAGUGUGUAGAGUGUAAGGGGUAACAAAUAAAGCCCAAUUCUUUUUUGAUAUUUCUAUUGUAAUUAAUGAACGUAAUAUUAUGUAUGUAUGUAAUAAGCUUCACAAGAUGUGUACAUAUUUUUUAUAUAUAUAAUAAUAAUAUUUAUUUAUUUA